CUAGCCUCGCACUCCCUCCUUCCCCCGCGCGAAUCUCGCCGCCGCCGCCGCCGCGCACGGCGGUCGCGACCCCCACGGCCACCGCCGUCUCAGCGAGGGACGCCUCCUUCGCCUCCUCGUCGAGAUAGCGCGGCCGAUUCUUCGAGCCUUUUCAAGUCGUCGUCCCGCCGAUGAAGACACCGGCGGUCGAGUUUCGCCGUCGGCGCCGCGUCUUCUGCUCUCGUGCGAACUCCGCGCUCGUCGUCUCAUAGCGGCGGUCUCGGCGUCGGAUCCUCGCCGGAGUCUCGUCGGCCUAGGAGCACCUCUUCUCCUUCCUCAUCGGUCUCCUGUCUCCGUCGAUGUUCAUUCUAGUAUGCUAGGCGUGACGGUCUGGUUUCCGCACUUUUUAGUGAUUAUAUCAAUGGGCCGGCAGAGGGGCAGCUUCCUGUAGCAAUAACUCGGACAGCAUUUGCUUGGGUGCAUAUUUGUGAGGAAAAAGUAUGAGCCGCUGGCAUAUGGUUUAGUUGAAUCCAUAUAUUGUCGGGUCUGAUAUAAAAAAGUAAUGUUAAGGAGGUUUAGACUCUCCCCAUCGGGGGGCAAACUUCUUUGGUCUCUAUUUGAGCCUGCUUGUUGUUCACAUUGUAUGGUGGGAUCCGAUAAAGUACAUUCGGUUGGGACUCUUCCCGGCAUACAUGAGUCAGAUUCAGAGAAGGAGACGGAGUGGGAGAGGUUACUUAAACCUUUCGAUCUGGAAGAACUACGAAAGUCGCUCACGGGGAUUUCGCCUUAUCAGCUUUGCAAAUUGCUCGGGCUUCCGAUCGAUGUGCCGAUGUUGAUGGAGUUAUUUGAGCGGGCAGGUGCACAGAAGAACUAUUCCCACACGUUCGAUGUAUACUGUAUUUUGAUCAAUAAGUUGGGUGCAGCAAAAGAGUUUAAGAUUAUUGAUAGACUGUUGUUGCAAAUGAAAGAAGAGCAGAUUACUUUUAGGGAGUCCUUUUUCUUGAUUAUGAAACACUAUGGAAGAGCUAGUUUGCCUGGACAAGCCACUAGGUUGCUCUUGGAUAUGAGGAGUAUAUAUUCUUGUGAACCAACAUUUAGGUCAUAUAAUGUUGUUUUGGACAUACUAGUAGCUGAGAACUGUCCAAAUGUUGCACCCAAUGUAUAUUAUGACAUGUUGAGUAAAGGUGUUUCUCCUACUGUUUAUACUUUUUUUGUGGUGAUGAGGGCCCUUUGCCUUAUCAAUGAGGUGGAUUCGGCAUGUUCUUUAUUGAGAGACAUGACGAGACAUGGCUGUGUGCCUAAUUCGGCAGUGUACCAAAUUCUUAUUCAUGCACUUUCCAAGAGAAAAAGAGUUGAUGAUGCAUUGAAAUUACUGGAUGAGAUGUUCCUUAUGGGUUGCAGACCCGAUGUUCAGACCUUUAAUGACAUUUUAGGUGGUUUGUGUAAGUUCAACCGGAUUCAUGAGGCAGCUAAACUGUUUGACCGCAUGCUUCUUCGUGGUUUUACCCCUGAUGGUUUUUCUUAUGGGGUUCUGAUUCAUGCUCUCUGCAAGGUGGGGAAAGUUGAUGAAGCAAGGGCUUUAUGGGACAAAAUGCCUGGUUCAGAUGUUGUGCUUUUUAAUACUAUGCUGAGUGGAUAUGUGAUGAACGGACGAUUUGAUGAAGGAAAGUCUCUGUUCCGUUGCCUUUUGGAUAGUCCCUACAAGCCUGAUGUCUUUUCAUACAACAUACUAAUCUAUGGACUUUGUAAGAAGGGGCAUUUGCACUCUGCACGGGAUUUGGUAAAUGAGAUGGAAGAUAAUGGUUGCAAGCCAAAUGUGAUCACAUACACAAUUUUGAUUGAUGCACUCUGCAAACUGGGUUACCUAAAUGAAGCUAAUUGUCUUUUGACUGAGAUGACAGGGAAGGGAAUCAACCUGAAUGUAGUGGGAUACAAUUGUCUCAUAUGCGCCCUUUGUAAGGAAAGAAGAAUUCCUGAAGCCCUGAAAAUGUACAAUGAAAUGACAGAAAAAGGAUGUAAGCCUGACAUAUAUACAUUCAAUUCUUUAAUACAUGGACUAACCAGGGAUGAUAAGCUGGAACAGGCCUUGGGAUUGUACCAUGACAUGUUAUUAGGAGGAGUGGCUGCUAAUACGGUUACCUAUAAUAUAUUGACGCAUGCCUUCUUAAAGAGGAAUGAGAUUCAAGAAGCUCUUAAGCUUAUAAAUGAAAUGAUAUUUAGAGGGUGUCCUCUGGAUAAUAUCACUUAUAAUGGCCUGAUUAAGGCACUCUGUCGAGCUGGUGCUGUUGAUAGAGCAUUAGGAUUAUUUGAAGAAAUGACCAGAAAAGGACUUCGUCCCAAUAACAUCUCUUGCAAUAUUUUGAUUAAUGGCCUCGGUCGAACUGGAAGAGUACAAGAAGCACUUGAGUUCUUGAGGGAUAUGAUUCACCAAGGCUUGACACCUGACAUUGUAACAUAUAACAGCCUCCUGAAUGGCCUAUGCAGGGAAGGCCGCAUGCGUGAGGCUUUAAAUCUGUUUGACAGGCUAAAACUUGAAGGAAUUUGCCCAGAUGUUAUUACAUAUAACACUUUGAUCAGUUGGCUGUGCAAGGAGGGGUUGUUUGAGGAUGCAUGUUUAUUCCUGCAAGGUGGAAUAGGGAGUGGAUUUUUGCCCAAUCAUUGUACUUGGCAAAUUUUAGUAAGCAAUUGUAUAAGCGAGGUAUUGCCCUGAAGCUUAGAUGCAGGUAUAAAUGGAAAGUGUUUAUUUCAGAUUCGGGAUUCUGGUGAUGCGUUUCCCAUUAGAAAUGAAUUGAAUGAUCGAUUCAAUGACUUCUUGGUAAUGAAUCUAGAGGAAGUAUGCAAGAAGUUAUCAGAUGUUUCGUUCUUUCAACUGGCAGUAUAUAAACUGGAAGGUCUAUGCCUUGUUUCCUCAAGAUAGGAUUUUCUUACUUUUGGCAUCGCAUUGGCAGGAUCUUUCAUAGGAAGUGGACCUCUGUUCCAGCUACAGCUUUCUAGAUUAUUCUAUUGAUUGUUAAGCAAUUUCUAAAAUCUGGACAAAUAUUGGAAUUCUGAUCAUGAGAGCUACAGAAAAUUCAUCAGGUCAUUCUGUGAGCUUGAAGAAUCCUUGUACUGCUACAGUUCAUCUGAAAAUAGCACUUUUUAUGUGCUGUUCCUCGAAGAACUCUGAGUAGUUCAGAGGUUUCAAAUUCACACAUGCAUAGGAAAAUAUUACUUUCUCAGCAGCAAUCUCAACAUGCAUUCCCAGCUUUUCUGCAAUAUGUGCUACCUCAAAAGGAAAAUGAUGCUUUGUCAUCAGGAAUCUCAACAAAUAUUCGGAGCUUUUGUACAAUAUGUGCCCCCUCAGAAGGCUCCCAGUGAGGAACAACUUACUGUUGUGAGGCUGUUCAGGCAGACAUGAAUCUAAUCUGCAAUUGAGAAUCACUUCACCCUUUCUCAUCAU